CAUUUAACAUAACAAACAGACGGGACUUUUCUGUGUCUUAGGAACGAUUGCUGUUUUCUGUAUAUUUUGGCUAGUAACAAUGUUGUUUCCAGUUAGUACAAUGACUGUGACUGCUGGAAUUGUCAUUAUUAACGCUUUUUUAUUCGGAAAUGUUUAUUCAAGUAAAUGCAAUGCUUUUGAAAUAAGCAAGAACAAUCUUAAUAAAGCCUUAGUCGGUCAUUCCGUGCUAGAAGUUAAUGAUAUAAACCAUAACGAUUGUGCGCGAACAUGUAUGUCCAUGUCCGUUUGCAAAUCUAUUGACUUUGACAGAAACGAGCACGUGUGUAAAUUAAACGAUGUUGAUCAGUCGUCUGUUGUUGUAUCGGAGUUUGAAACAAAAGGAGGUUCUAUUUUCUCUGAUAUCAGCGAAUGGCCUAGCGCAAUGGUUGGAAGUUGUAGCUCAAGGCCAUGUAAAGCGAACCAAAGGUGUUUUCAAAAAGAUGCUUCACAUGUUUGCAAAGACUUAACUUGUGCUUUUGAUCAAAGAAUUGAAAACGGUAAAGUACAGAUUAGUUCGCCUGGCGAAAACAAGUUCCUUGACGUAGCUCUAGUAAAAUGUGACAAAGGAUAUGUUCCUAUUCAACAAGAGGUGAAAUGUGAGGCUUCAGGAAAAUGGCAGCUUGCAACGUGUUAUAAAUUAACAAAUGAUUGUAGAGAAAUCCUUUAUACGUUUCCUGAGGCGAAAAGUGGAAAAUAUAAGAUAAAACUUUGGAAAUCUGGGAAGAUUCUGACUGUGAAUUGUGACAUGGAAACCGAUGGCGGUGGUUGGACGAUAUUUCACAGGCGAAUGGACGGGUCAGUGGAAUUUUAUCGCAACUUUACAGAAUAUGAAAAUGGAUUUGGGAACGUUGAGGGAGAGUUGUGGCUAGGUUUAAAGUAUAUAAAAGAACUAGCUGAACAUAGUUCUACAGAGAUUCGUAUUGACAUGACAAGAAAUGAUAGUACAACAGGACAUGAAGCUUGUCCAGACUUUAUGUUAACAGAAGGAACAAAUUACACACUAACCAUUGGGCCAUGCACACGUUCUGGAAUGAGAGAUGCAAGAUAUGUCUUUGCUUAUAAUAAUCAAAUGCCAUUUUCAACUUACGACCGUGAUCUUGACGUCGAGAUAGAUUGUCCCGUGGAUGGACAUGGGGCCUGGUGGUAUAAAAAUUGUAAUAAUGUCAAUCUUAAUGGAUUAUACCUGACGCCAGGCAAGUAUGACACCAAGCCUUAUUGUGGACACUGGCAUUAUGGGUUUAAUAGAUAUUGGUUAUUGAAAAAGUCAUCAAUGAUGAUUAGAAGAAAAUAAGAUAAGUAAUCAAAAGAAGAUUUCAUAAAUUCAGAGAAUUAAAGGAUCGUACUCAAAAGAACAUUUUAUAAUUAUAAGUUUUAUUUAUGUAUCAGACAUGGUUUAAUAAAAAGUUUUAUUUACGCUUGACGUAUGCUGUAGAACAUUUACAUUUUCAGUCAUUUUCACUUACCAGAUUGGUGUAUCACAGAAGCAUAUUAUCACGUGACAGCAUAUUUUCACGUUUAAACAUUAAAUCACGUCACUGAAUAUAACAUGUUACAUCAUAAAAAAGUGACAUCAUAUAAUCAGUUGAAAUAUUAUCCUUAUCAGACAAUAUUUAAUCCUUUUUCAGCAAGUAAUCACGUUACAAAACCAAAUGAAAAAAAAAAAACAUAUAUAUUUUUAUAUCCAACUUUUUGUGUUUAAAAUGUAUUUUGUUUUGUUAUAAUUUUUUAUAAUCAAAAUUAUUUUCAAUGAAAAGCUGGAGGCAUUGUCAUAUUUUAUAUUCAACACAAUUUUCUUUGUGUUUUAUACAAUAAAUGUGUUGUAUUAAUAAGCAAAAAAAAUAAGUUAAUGUACGAGUGAAGAAAUUUAAAAAAGACUUGCAUAAUACGGUUACUUUUAGUUAUAUAAAACAAUGAAAAUACAACCAGGAUCAUUUGAUCCUGACCCUGAUCUUAUCUUUGUGAACAAGAGGCCUGACCAAAAGGUGCUAGGCCAAAACAGUUACUAGUAUACACGCAUUCUCUUAGUCUACAGUCCAUUAAAAUAGUGUCGAAGUCAGACAAGAUGCUAAGUAGCUGGAGGGACUCCAAAUGGAUAAGACGCUGUCAUCUGAUAGUAUCCGUUACUGCUACGCCCUACGCCCCCU